UCAUAAUUUACGUAUUUAAACGAUUCUUUAAAAACUCGAGAAUCUUUCAUCGUUGAGAAUUCUCUGCAGCUAAUUGGAAACUAGGAAACAAAGCGCCAUUUUCUCAAAUUCCCAGCGAUCCGAUUCGACUCAAUAACUCGCUUCUGCUCUGCUUGAACAGUUUUUGCUUAAAUUUUGUAAAGAGUAUUCGCCAUGGGAGUUGUUAGCAUUUCUAGUUCAGCUGCCCGAACUCCACUAGGACUAAGCACAAAGUUCUGUACUCAAAGAUGUACAUUGAGAAUGCCUUAUAUUUUAGCAUUUAAAGCAGAUAAAUCCAAUAAUACAACUCUAGUUACGCCUCAAGAACUUAAUCUUUCGCCGGUGGAAACCACUAAGGGGCACCCGAAGCGACGUGGGAAAGCUAAAAAGGCUUCAAAAACAGCAAACCGCGUCUUGGAUGAUGAAGGUUCUCCGUGCACUAUGGAUGUAGAUUACAAUGAAGCUGCUGCAAAACUCGAAAACCUUUAUAAGCUUAGCCCUUCAACUCGAACAUUUGAUGAAGUAGGGGAAAAAAGUGAGACAAAAGGACGUCAUCCGAGGAGAAAGAAAUCUAAAGAAAGUGAUGGGAAAUUAGAUGAUGCUAAUGAUAAGAUUGUCAUUAGGAACAGGACUAAGAAGACUAGAAGAUUGAAUCUUGAUAAAAGGGUUGAACUGAAAAGGAACAGAGAAGAAAAGCCAGUUGUUUCUGGUCAGAGGAAAAAGGGUAUUAUGAACGAAAGUGAGAAGAUCGAUAGGCUUGUCCGGGACUAUUCAGCUUCAACCGAUUUGGUCAGCUUGGACUGGAAAAAGAUGAAGAUACCUCCUGUUCUACCGUCCACUGAACAUACAUGGUUGUUUAAGCUAAUGCAACCAAUGAAGGCAUUGCUUGAGGCGAAAGAGAACUUGCAAAAGGAAUUGGGUAGAGAUCCUACUGAAGAUGAAUUAGCUGAGGCAACAAAUAUGAGUGCAGCUCAAGUGAGUAGACAUUUAGAGGUCGGUCGAGCUGCUAGAAAUAAGCUCAUUAAGCAUAAUCUCCGGCUUGUUUUGUUUGUGAUAAACAAAUAUUUUCAAGAUUUUGCAAAUGGUCCAAGAUUUCAAGACCUUUGUCAGGCAGGAGUCAAAGGACUUAUUACAGGCAUUGAUCGCUUUGAACCAAGAAGGAAAUUCCGGCUUUCGACUUAUGGUCUUUUUUGGAUUAGGCAUGCAAUUAUACGUUCUAUGACAGUAUCAAACUUCACCCGUGUCCCGUUUGGACUUGAAUCUGUUAGAGUAGAAAUCCAAAGAACCAGACUGAAAUUAUUGUUUGAACUUCAAAGAGAACCAACAGACGAUGAAGUAAUUGAAAAGGUUGGGAUCUCUCCUGAGAGGUACCAAGAAGUAAUGAGGGCCUCAAAAUCCGUUGGGUCUCUUCAUUCGAGGCAUUCGGUCACGCAAGAAGAGUUCAUUAGUGGAAUCACCGAUGUUGAUGGUGUUGGCGGUGAUCACCGGAAGCAACCUGCUCUUCUCAGGCUUGCGCUUGAUGAUGUGCUUGAUUCUCUGAAGCCGAAAGAGAGCCUGGUGAUGAGGCAGAGAUACGGGCUAGAUGGUAAAGGUGAUAGAACAUUAGGAGAAAUUGCUGGGAACUUAAAUAUUUCGAGAGAAAUGGUCCGAAAGCACGAAGUAAAGGCGCUGAUGAAGCUCAAGCAUCCAGCCCGAAUGGACUAUCUUCGCCGGUAUGUAGUCUGAAUUGUAUCGACAUUCUCGGCGGUCGUCUUUAUAACUCCCCCUAUAUGCUUAUAUUGGCCCAUGACAGUCGUGUCUGUAUACUAAUGAUGUUGUAUCAUAGUCACUUUAACUACAUCAAACAUAGAAUUCUUAUACGUGUAAUAUAAAAUUCAAAUACUCAAAGAUUGUAAAUCACCAAUUAUACAUCACAUGUAAUAGUUUUCUUCAGUCA